AUGUAUUGGAUAAUUAUUUGCUGUUUUAUCUCAUCUAUACAAUUAGUAUAUGCUGUGGAUGUAAAUUGUUCGUGUAACAUAAAUUCCACUGAAUGUUACAUUUUUGAUGUUACUGUAAAUUUAAUUAAUCCAUGUCCAUCAAAUUUAACAGCACUCGUCAUUUCUGGAAAUAUGAGCGUGUUAGCCAAUAAUCAAUUGCCAUCAUUUCCUAACAUACAAGAAUUAACAGUUACACAUUUGAUAUUAUAUGAAGCAUUUUUACAAAAAUUUCCCCUACUCACAACAUUAACAAUACGAGAAUGUUCCUAUAAUGCCUCGUCACAAUUUCUACAAAGUUCUGUAAACUCAAAUAUUAAAAGUUUAACAAUGGAAAACAAUAAUUUGAUUGAUGGAACAUUGCCAAAUAAUCCAUUUCAAAUAUUUCAACAAUUGGUAUCACUAACAAUUAUCGAACCGCAAUUAAAUACAACCUCACUGGGAACAAAUGUUGAUCGUAAUCUUGAUAGUCUUACAUUAGAAUUAGGAUCAUAUCAGAAUUUUGAUUUAAACAGCUGGACAAAUCCAAGACAGUAUUUAUCAAGAUUUGAAAUAAGAAACUUAAUAACUCUUAGUGUAUUUCCGUCAGAAUUUUUUAGUAAAUUUCCCAAAUUAAAUUAUUUGAUUUUAUCUGGCAAUUUUAUACUAAAAACCGAAGACAUUUGUGCGUUUUAUCAUUAUCCAUCACAGAAAGUUUAUAACCGACUUCCCAUUACAUUAGAGCAAACAACGGGACCAAAUGAUCAAUGUGCAAAAAACUAUAUUGAUGCUAUUAAUCGAUAUGAUUGUACAGCUCCUUUACCGUGUCCAUCUGCCUCCGAAUGCAGACAAUAUGCAAAUCAAAUAAACUCAUGUGAAUUGGCAUCAUUUGAAAAUAAUUGUACAAAUACCUUAGUGGUCAAUCAAUCAGCACCGGCUUUUUCAUAUCAGCAAAGUUGUUUAUUUGCACUUGUAAACAUUUGGCUGAAUGAUGGUCCAUCACCUACACCUGGUCCAUUGAGUUCAAAUGAUUCCAAUCCCAUCAAUAUUGGUGCUGUGGUUGGUGCCAUUAUCGGCCUUGUAGCUACCAUUAUUAUUUUAUGCGUCACAUUCUAUUGUAUCUACCGAUAUCGUCAGAAUAACAAUAUUUAUAUAAACUCGGAGGAUAAAUAUCGAAGAAGCUCAAAUACAAAUUCGCAGUAUACAGACGUUUCCGUUGCAACAAGUAAAUCGUCCGGUCAACCAUUGUUUCCUCAAAAUGACAAGGGUAUUGUAGUGGCACCACUUUACAACGUGUCAGAAACUUCUUCCAUCUACUCUGCACCAGCGGCUUCAAAAUAUCGGCCAUCGGCUCCAAAAUACCAGCCAUCGGACCCACGACUUAGUACCUUAACAGAAAAUGGCCAUCUUUAUGAAGAAGUUUUAAACACCUAA